CGGGGCGCGAGCGCGGCCGGGAGGGGGUGUGGCCCGGCCUGACCCCUGGGGGCUCCGGGCUGUUCCCUGGCGCGUCUCCUGCCGUCCCGCGACUCGAGGUCUCUAGGGAGCUGCGGACGCCGGCGCUGGGGGGCCAAGCGGAGCUCAAGGUCCAUGGCCAAAGAUGACUCUAGCAGUGGAGGCUGUCUUCCGUAGAGAGGGGGACCGGAUCGCAGGCUGGGAUGAACAUGCCACUGCACCAGGUCUCUGCCAUUCCAAGCCAGGACACUGCUUCUGCUAGAGUCUACAGUAGCAAGACCAAAGAAAAGGAGAGGGAAGAACAGAAUGAGAAGACUUUGGGACAUUCCAUGAGUCAUUCGAGCAACAUUUCUAAGGCUGGGAGUCCUCCGUCCUCAUCGGCUCCGGUGUCUGCCUUCUCUCACACUUCUAUCACACCAUCCAACCAGGACAUCUGCAGUUCCAGCGCAGUGGUCUCUGACUUUUGUCACCACAGUCCUGUGCAGUCUGCUGUUGUCUUGAAAGCUCCUCCCUGCCAGAGUUCUCUAACACCAGGGCUCACUGUGACAGUUGUCUGUAAAGACACACUGCAGUUGACCAAGAGAAACCCCUCAGGUCCAGAAUGGGCUGAGACCUGGAAGCCUGCCAAGAGCACUAAGGCUAGAAGAGCCCUGAAGUUCUCCAAGUCCCUAAGCGAUGUGGGGGCGAAGGCCCAGGACAGCCUGGAGAGUGCCUGCUUCGUGGAGAGAACCUGCUCUGAGGGGAAGCUGGCUCUGCCCCCAGGCCCCAGUCUCAGGACUAGCAGAUUCCUCCUCAAGGAGCGGAGAGUGCUGAGCCACACUCCUCUCAUCCACUCCAAAUACGCGUGCAUCCCAUCCCUGACUGUGCCCCGGCCAGCUGCCUGGGAGGUGGGCACCAGCAGGAGGGGUGAGCACGGCCCCCUCUGGGAGGAGAAGGCGGAUGGCGAGGCUACAUCCAGGAGCCGGCGCCUGCUCCGCUACCUGCUUUCUCUGUCCCGUGGCUCAAGCACCAGCAGCCUGCACCGAUUCCAUGAACUGGAAGCGCACACUGGCCACCUACAUGCCACCCCCUCCUCCAGUGGGCUGGCGGGGAGCACGGGCUUCUGCUCAGACGAGAUGGGUGAUGACGAUGUCUUCGAGGACAGUGCAUCCACCAGGCUGAAGAGCAUAGCCCUGCGGGCACCCCUCUGCUCUGUGGAGAAGGACAGUGAUCUGGAUUGCCCCUCACCCCUGUCUGAGAAGCGGCCCCCAGCCUCCCCUGUGUCCACCUCUGGGGACGCCUGCAGGAUCUGCCACUGCGAGGGCGACGAUGAGAGCCCCCUGAUCACACCGUGCCACUGCACGGGCAGCCUACACUUUGUGCACCAGGCCUGCCUGCAGCAGUGGAUCAAGAGCUCUGAUGCGCGGUGCUGCGAGCUAUGCAAGUACGAGUUCGUCAUGGAGACCCGGCUGAAGCCACUGCGGAAGUGGGAGAAGCUGCAGAUGUCAACCAGUGAGCGAAGGAAGAUCAUGUGUUCGGUGACCUUCCACAUCAUCGCCAUCACCUGUGUGGUGUGGUCCCUGUAUGUGCUCAUCGACCGUACUGCUGAGGAGAUCAAGCAGGGGCAGGCAACAGGCAUCCUGGAGUGGCCUUUUUGGACUAAGUUGGUGGUUGUGGCCAUUGGCUUCACUGGAGGACUUCUUUUUAUGUAUGUUCAGUGCAAAGUCUACCUGCAAUUGUGGAAGAGACUGAAGGCUUACAAUAGAGUGAUCUAUGUUCAGAAUUGUCCAGAAACAAGCAAAAAGAAUAUUUUUGAAAAAUCUGCACUAACAGAGCCCAACUUUGGAAAUAAAGACGGACAUGGACUCUGCCAUUCUGACACAAACUCCUCCUCUUGCACAGACCCUGAGGACGCUGGGGCGGAGAUCAACCACGUCUGAUGUGUUCCUGGACAUCUGUGGGAUGCCGAAGGAUGUUGUUUACUGCCAACUGUGUACUUUUCUCCUGCCCUUUAAUAGCAGAGUCUGGCAGGCAAUGAGCUCUGCUGGCCUCUUUUGUGAACUCUCCUUGAUGAUCAGAAGCCGUCUUGUGACCAGCAUGUCAGGGUCCCUUCUGCCAGGCUGCUCUGGGGGCGGAAAGGUGGGAGGCCCUGGUGGCUACCACGGAGGCUGCUGAACUCUGCUCCUGGUCUCCACAGAGUGAAGAAUGAAAUGCCAAACUUAAGGGUCCAGCUGGAGCAGGGUGCAGGGGGAGACAGCCUUGCCCUGCCUGGCCAUCCCCUGAGCCUGCAGCACCUGAUUUCCUAAACAAGCAGCACUUUACGGAAGAGUCUUUAUUUUUUAAUGUGUCUAGUGGGAUUGACACUUAAAAAGCAUCACAUUUAGAAAUCUUCCCUUCACCACUCUAGUUAUCUCUCUCACGUGAAAGUAAAGCUGAAACUCUCUUUGCCUUAUUUAUUGUAAGAAUCGGGACCUUUUCCCUGUGGGACGUGACACCGGGACGGCACUGGUGGGAAUGGUGGUACCCAGUGGCCGGAACUGGGUUCCCUCCUGGAGUCCGUCUCCAGGACCGCCUGUGUUUCCUCUAGGUCAGCACUGAAAAAAGAGGGCUUUGGACAUCAAAAUGGGAGAAGUCUGUACUUAGUGCAGCUGAGUAUUUAGAAAUCAUGUCCUUCACACAGCGGGCUCCGGUUGCUGCCAACUUUACAGGGAGGGGACAGGAAUGUGCAGCUUGGUGUUCCUGGUACCUGCCCCCAUGGCACUGUGGAGUUGCUGUGGGUCCCAGAGGGGACAGCAUACUGCCAGGGCCACCCAGCAUGGCCUUAAGGGACUGGAAAGACAAGGUCCUCCAGGGCUUGAUCCUGCUCAGCCCACCUGUCAUCAGGAUGCCUCUGGCACUGUUCAUGGUACAAAACCAAAACCACCACCUCACAUGGCCUUGUCCCUUUAAAAACUCUGCCUAAAAUUCUGUUCUCAAAGGCCACUGUCACAGUCCCAGGCAGACAGUGAACCCAGGAGGCAGCCAGGAUCCUGCAGUGCAAGCAAGAGGCCCAGAGUGUGCCAUGGCCACUGCCAGUGCUGUGUCUGUACAGUCCCCACCAGCGCCUUCACAAACAGGAGGGCUCGCGGCCCCAGGAGGGCCCUGCAGGUUGAGCUGCUCCUCCACCCUGCAGGUACCAACCAUAGCUGCCCCUGAGGUCCCCUGCCCUCUGCUCCCUGGCCACAUCCAGCCUGUGCCUGUGCCCACUGUGCCCAAAGUGCAAUUACCACGUCCCUGUUCAGUGCAGGGACACCCGGCAGCUACAGGCUGCCCACUCAGGGGAGUGAGCCCACCAGCCCUGCCCAGACCCCAGGAACUGCCCUGUAAGGCCUGAGUCCAUGCACCUGCCCUGCCGCCCUCCAGUGGGGGCCUUGUGAACUCCUCCUCCUGGAGCCCCAUCCCCUGAACCUGGAAAGCCCUGAGACUCAAGUGGACAAGAGCGUGUGCAGUGGGGGAUCUGACACCCCAUCGGCAAAGGUGCGCUUGCCUUGCCCACGCCCAGCUGGAAACCUUCGCCUUUGUCAGGAAGGCCGGCACCAUCGGCUCUCGGGCCACUCUGCAGACUGAUCCCACAUCUUUCCCUCCCUCAGGGCCUUGGCUACCACUUGCCUUUCCCUUUCUGUGGGUCCUGACCACAGAGCCUUUAGCUUUGCCCAUGCCCUGUAGUUGCCGGGGGGUGGGGGCUUAUCCUUGGUCUCACCUUGCUUCUACCUGGCUUCAGUGGAGGUUGGCAUUUGGCUGAGCCACACACAAUCUCAGGCUCAGGUGGUCUCAGGAGCAGGAGGGCAGAGGCCACAGUCUCAGGGUGUCACUGCUGGCCAUCUCUGCGGCUCCAGUACCACUGGCAGUCUCUGACUUUGGCUCUUGGUCCAAGUCUGUGAGGUGCCCUGCCUAGUGUUGUGGACACUGCUGGGCACACACACGGGAGCUGAUGCCCCUCCCUUUAAAUCUCAUUUCCAAUAUGCAACUUCCCCCUUUAUCCCAAGGAAGGACCCAAACACAGGAAAAUAGAAGCAUUUAUCUUUGUUUUGGAAGUGAUUAUUCAAGGUGCACAGCUGAUCUGUGCAUAUUAGAUGCAAUGUUUAUACAAAGUUGAUUGUUAAUAAAAACCAAAUUUACACUGGCAUGUGUGGUGUAUUUUAUAAAAGGCACUUCACGUUUGAAAUUUUUCUUAGGAAAUUUCUAGCAAUCUUAAUGUUUAGUUUUGUAUCCUUUGUGUACUUUCACUGUCCUUCAGUGUUACCACUUGAGUAGCCCUGUGUGCAGGGAGUCCAUGCAUCUAACUGCAGCAAUAAAGCCUUUCUUCACCAAGGAA